AUGUGGCUAGCAGGAAACAGAUUGUAUCCGAAGCCUCUGACGAGCGGUGAACAAGUUGCUCAUUCCAUCAUCCAAGCUGGCUUGUUACUAGAAAGAGGACCACUAUACAAAACAUGUUCAGCCAAACGAGACAUUGAUAACUGCGACUAUUGCGACAGGCGGUGCAAAGACUAUGGUGGCGACAACUUUUGGGGUAAGUGUAGCUUGUUCUGGCCAAUCCGCGAAUGCUACUGCUACUGGGAAUGUCCAUAG